AGCUCUUUUGGCUUGUGCGAGCUGUGGAGUGCCAACCGGUUUCGCCCUCGGGAUUCGCUAUGCCUUUGCUCCGGGUCGCGGUGUUGGUGGUCCUCGCGGUGGCGGAGCCGGGCCUGCGCGGCGCAGAGCCGGAGUCGGAGUCUCGUUGCGUGGGGGCGAGCAAAAGCUGCGACCCCGUGGCAGACCGGUGCUGCCAGGGCCCAGGGCUGAUGACGUGCCGCUUGCGGCCCAGCUCCGUGGAGGGGGAUGAGGGCAUGGCCUAUGCCUGCGGCCAGGAGUUCCCCGAGGAGACGCUGCAGAAGUGCGCCGCCGAGGGCCAGGAGUGCGGUGCAGACGACAGCUGCUGCCAGAUCGACCACACCCUGCGCCUCAGCUGCCAGCGCCGACCCAAGACCAAGCGCAAGGUCUGCACCGCCCGCGCCGACGUGCAGGCAGAUCUCUGCAUCCCCGAGGGCGAAAGCUGCAACCCAUUGGGCAACUCUUGCUGCCAGGAAGGGCUGAAGGGCGAGAAGGGUCUUCGAACUUGCCAGUUAAAGAACCUGGACAAGCCGGGAACCCAUGGUAUGGCAUAUUUAUGCUCCCCAGAGAAAGCCUAAGACAGGCCAAGCGAUGCGGGAAUGAAAGGGCACCAUGAAGCUCAGAAGAAACGCUGCGCAGCAACGCUUCGGCGAAUUCCCACCAUGUUGUUUGCACACGUUGCUUCACUGUUCUCCUCAUGCCCGCCUUGCAGAGGGGCAUGCAGACAACAUACCAGCAUGCAGUCGCGUGCCCAGAAGGCAAUGACCACAGCAUUGCAUUCAUGUGGUUCUCGCGACCUCUUUUCCAGAAUUGGUAUCGGCUUUGUGCACUGCUACGUGCUAUGUUGCUU